AAAAAAAAGGAGGGUCGAAGCUCAGAGCACUGUACCGUGAGGAAUCCGAAAUUUGGCCAAGUCAAAGCGAGCGAAAGAUGAAGCUAUCGCGGCGGGAUUCGCGAAGCACUCAUGCGGUCGUCCCAAGUCAUUCUUCUAACGAGUGCGAUCACGUUCGACGAUCAAGAUCAAGAUGUCGUGUCGGUCGAUUGAUGGGAGAAACUGCGCGGUCAAAAUAUUUAUCAGUGGGUCUAGACUCUAGAUCGCCUACUGGCUGGCUGGCUGGCUGGCUGACGUAGGCGGACAAAGGUCCGCCGACGCCCAACAUGGGAAGAAGGUAAUUCGAAUUCGAAAUCCGGGAGUGAAAGAUGCGCAGCCACACGCGCCACAGACGCCAAAUAUAAUCGCGCGCAAAGCGUGUAUGAGAAAAGGCCAAGUGGUGGGCAGUGUUAACGAUGACACACGACACUAAUUCGCAUGCAACGAAGAGGCUCACUGAAGCGAGCAGGAAGUGGUUAGAAUCUGAGUGGUCUUCAUCUCAAAAGUGGUGUUUUGGAUGUCUGCCGGCUUCAGAUUGUCUGACCCGAUCGUCAAUCGCGUCUCGGCAUUUGGCAUGUUCGGGGCAUGUGCCCUCUUUUGUCCUCAGUCGCCUUUCAUUCCUUUGUUCUUUCUUUGCCUCUCGCCCCGUGUUUGGUCCGCUCGUUCGUUCGGGGCAGAGCUAAGCUUCCAGACUGGCUUGUGUCUCUCCAGUAUUGGGUCUCCUUCUUCCGAUCCUUCUCAGUCAGCGCUCGCUCCGUUCGUUUUUUGUUGUAGGGUUUAUCGGGUUCGUGUGUUUGGAUCGCGUCUAUGCGAUUGCUCCUCUUCUGCGACAGAUGGAAUGCUCGCAGUGCCAGUCAUGAAGAAUUGUUUGGGAUUUUCGAGAAUUCAAAGCAGGCAGUGAUGUUGGCAAUUGGUUGCCACAGAAAUUUCAGGGUGUGUCACUAGUGGGCUGAUUGCUGAAAUGAAUUCGCAAUGCACCUCUGUAGGUCGUGUUUCCAGCAGCUUAGUUUACCAAUUGGUUCCAUGGUCUGAUUCAUGCCUCACGAAUUCUAGCUGCGGUUCCUGUGCAAGAAUUUCUCAAGCAAGUCUCGAGUAUCUGCACUCGAUAGCUCAGAAACAAAAUCACGGUUCUCGUAGAGUUUGUGCGAGCAGAACAUCUUCUCGACAAGGAUUCGCUGGGUUUGUCUUAGAUGGUCCUAUCUUCACGCGUAGACGUGUACUUCUUUCUUACGAAGAACCUUGCUCUGUAGUGAAAGGGGUUUCUUUGUCAACUACUACUCUCCGUGGUAGAAUUUCACAUGUUUUCAAACUCAGAUCAGCCGAAGGAGCGGAAAGGUCAACUUCUGAAGACCCCAGCGUAGGCUCUAACAAGGUGGAGCUGCCUCUACAAAGCUUUGAUCGUAAAGAAAGCAUCAAAGAUUUUCAAGCAAAGACUCCCGAAACAGUUGGGAAGUUCGGUGAGAGCCUUUUGGGGAAUUUGUCAACUUCUGGCGGGCUGACAGGUGACCAACAGGAAUUCGGAGGCAAAGCUAGGCCUGCAAAACUUCGCUCUCCUUCUGUAAAUUACGAAGAGGAUUCUGAGUCGCCACGGAGAGCGUAUAAUGACGAGGCAAGUUGUGAAGAAAAUUCAAGAGACAAAUACAGAUUAGACCAGCGUCCUGGUUUUGAAGAAAGUAAUUAUGAAUCUGAACAAAGUGGAUAUGACGCAUCUGACAAUGAGGCAUCAGAGACGAGGCUUGGAGAAGGAAUGGAUGAUUUCGGUUUGGAAAAUCUUCUCGAUGAGACUGAGGAAGUUGAGUAUGUAACGAGAAUAAUCGUACCAAGACAGAGAUACAUUCGCGUGCCCAAAUCAGAGCUUUUAAGUGCACUGUUGAUGUUCCCCGGUCAGCAUCCAAAAAAAAUAUCAACAUUUUGCUCCUAUUUGGAGCUGGUUCUGCACGCAAACCAUAAAUUUUUGCUCGAGGAGCUUCGUGCCGACUACUUGGCCACGCAUUCCACCACGGAUGGAGGUAGCCUUGAUUUACGGAUGGGUAACAGUACAAAAGGAGCUAACACUGCAAAAAAGACAACAAGUUGGACAAGACGCAGCGGGGUGAAGUCGGAUGGUACAGAUGGAGAACAACUUCAUCCUUCUCAUUGUGAUCUACCACCAGAUACCAAAGUUUUGAACGAUCCACCGGAAGUGGACAACCGAUUCCCGGAAGGGACUGUUGGGAAGGGUUGGGGCUCGAAAAUUAUAGAUGCAUUUAAACAGCGGAAGGAUACAGGGCCCGAAAGUGAGGGUGAUACUUUUCUUGGAAACCACUGGAGUAAGGAUGAGGAAACAAGAACUUCAUCAGCAAUACGCUUUCAGAAGAAUUUUCUGAAAUUGCUAAAAAGUGCUCAGUUUGAAGGCCUUUCAGCUCAGGAUCUGGAGCUGACGGCAGCUCUUAAUUCUGACUACCUCUUGACCCUUCCUGUUGCUGUGGACUGGAAGCGUGCUUCUAAGUCUAAUGCAAUUAUUUACAGGAGGGGAUAUGCUAAGGAGCAACAAAAAGGCUUUCUUCUAGGAGCAAAAUUCGAUUACUUGCAGUCUACUAUUCUUAGAGAAGUAUUCAAAGGGUUGACUGGACCACUUCUGAUUACAGGCCACUGGUUCAUGAAAACUUGGAAAAGUCUGAGGAAUGAUCCAGAAGGAAGAUUUUUGGCAGAAAGCCUUGAACGUUGGGUCGAAGAGCCGCUGCCACUGGAUGGUGAGAACACUUCAGAAGGACCGACGCAAGCAGAGUAUGAGACCGAUGAGUCUGACACGGACAUGCCUAUCUGGAAAGCUGCUCAACAAGCUUUACCACGUUACGAGGCCGUUUUGUCCUCAGUAGGAUCACGGGGAUUGUUGCUCCGUCGCAUUCUGGUCCGUAUGGGGCUCUUGCCGUCUGAUUCCAUUUCACCUCCUGUUGCUGAUGAAGAUCCAACUGCUGUUGAGCCUCACCUUAGGCCAAAUUUUCUAUUGAGAGUCUCGAUGAAAGACAUAUGGUUGCCGGCAUCGAAAACUGUUGUGGGGAAGAACGUUUGGAAGAGAUUAUGCUCAGCCUUCUCAGUAUUUUUCUCGAGAGUAACUUUACAGGAACCAGCCUUCCAGGAGUUGGUUCUUCUCUACACUGAUGAUGGCCUUCAACAGUCUGAACCAUCUGAUUUGCAACUGAAAAUGUACAAAACGAUUCCACUUCCUGACCUCAAGAUUGUUUUUCCGAGCAAGAGGCUUUCCUUUCGCCUUAUUGAUCUUGUUCGACUUGACUUAACGACUUUUGUGGGGCUCACUGCGUUUCUAUAUAACUAUCACUUCGAUGAUUUCUUCAGUUCCCCGUCGGCCUUUACGCUCGAUGUCAUCGCCAUAACAGCACUUUUGGUCUUCGUGACAAGGGCUGCUUUAGGCUACAAGCAAACUUGGGAUCGGUAUCAGCUUCUAGUAAAUAAAACCUUGUACGAGAAGACUUUAGCGAAUGGAUUUGGGGUGGUUCAUUUCCUGCUCGAUGCAUCAGAAGAACAACAGUUAAAGGAAGCGAUAUUGGUGUUUGUUGUCCUUUCACACCAGUACAAGGUUGACGGAAUGUCCAAGGAACAGCUUGCGAAUGCUUGCGAGCGAUUUUUGUACUACCGAUGCAAAGAGCAGACUCAGAUGCCGGUGGAUAAUGCUAUCAACACCUUACUAGAAUUAGGUUUGAUCUCCAUUAUAAAAAGUACAGCAUCGUCUGCGCAACGUGGUACCGAGGUGAGAUUCAAAGCAUUGAAUUAUGACGAGGGCUUGGCAGCUUUGGGAAAGUAUUGGGAGUCAAUACCUUCUAAGAGUACUACUCUCAGGUAGGUCAGUUCCUUCAGUUAACUUGAUGGCUGUAGAUAGAAACUUUCUGCAAUCGGUGUUUCAGUGAAGAAAUGAGGCUUUUGAUGAGGUCCGUUAGUUUAUAUGUCGACCAAUGUCGAUUUGAAUUGAUAUUAUGUGGUCCUGAACCUUGAGAGAAUGCCGUAAUACAUUUCAGCGACCAUUUGAGAAAGUAGCCUUGCGAGAAAUAUUGUUGCACCCGGUCUACUUGUUGAUUCUCGAAGUGGAAUAUUGAUCAAUGCACCGGAGCAUGUCUUGGUAUUGCCUGAAUUCUUCUCGCUUGUAAUAUCGAUAUGGACAUUAUGUCAUUCUGACGCAUUGACCUUCUGUUUUACGUUGGUGGAAUCUUGUCCCGACUUUGCGUCUCUCAAAGCAUUCGACAUAGGGAAACAUGGCCUUAAUUUGAAAGAGCAAAGAAGCGUCUAAUGGAAACGUUGCAACCAACCAGGUCAGGUAUACAUUUUGUUUCGCGGAAAUCAUAACUUACAAGAUUUCAGAACUAGAGAUACUGCUAACAUUGUCCGGGGUCGAAUGAGCCAACAAGCGUAUGAUGGAAACUUACCCAUCAACCAGGUCUGCAUUAGUACUGUAGAAGGAAUUGUACACAGCAGGGUAUGUAGCGGAAAU